AUGAGCGUACCAGGCCGAAUCAUCGGUACUUGGCUGCCAUAUGCCUUGUCUGUUGUAUCGCUGAUUUGUAUGGUCUUCGUCGCCGUCGGCUGUACGAGCCCUGCGGCUCCCGCUAGCAAGCUCUAUUUCAUGAAGGCAAGGGACUGCGACGUGGAGAGCGAUGCAGCCGAUACAAUCGCGGCGGCUGCUAGCACCGUCAACAAAACUCUCACGGAGGCGGUAGACACUACGCUAGGUAAUGCCAAGUCUAAUUUACCAGACUUCUAUCUAGUCGGUCUUUGGAGCUACUGCAAUGGGACGUAUAGCGGCAACACCUCGGUUAUCCACAAUUGUACCAGUCCGAGCCCCUCGUUUUGGUUCGACUUUGCCAGUGUACUUGGUCUAGAGAGUUCCUGGGUGAGCAAGAUUUUUCCAACUGCCCUACAGGACGCCAUUCAGUAUUAUCAUCGUUUCACACAAUGGGCAAUCACUGCUUAUCUGAUUGCUCUGAUCUCGACCGGUCUUGUCCUAUUGAGUGGGUUGACCGCCGUAGCCUCGCGGUGGGCCAGCCUGGUAACAAGCUUCUUUGCAAUGGUUGCAAUGUUCGCGUCCUUUGGAGCCACUCUGACCGCGUGUCUGAUCUAUGCUACUCUUGUUGGCGGCCUGAAAGCUGCAUCGGUGACGCUCGGCAUCACGGCGACCCUGGGCUGGCGGUUAGUGGCCGUCAACGCCACAGCAACCCUUUGCGCCGUGGCAGCCGGAGUCGGUUGGCUAUGUUCGGUCUGCUGCUGCGCGGGUCAUCGGAAGAAGAGCGAUCGGCAGGUGUCCAACCCCGUCAAUCCUGUCAGCCCGCUCGAAAGUUCCGCCCUCAUUGAGACGACUUCAACCAGCGGUUGGCGGUCAGAUAAUCUUGCCAUCUCUGGUGAAAAGGGACUGGAUGAGCAACACCUUUCCCAGUACCGUCCGUAUCUUCAACCAUCUGCAUCGACCUUCACGGAAGAAUAGGGACUGUGUGAGACCGUUCUUUAUAACCGUCACAAGAUUUGACUGUUGAAAGUAGCUGUUUCCUCGCGUUGAUUGUGCGUAAUUACAGAUCUCAUGUUGUCAGUCACACCAUCUGCUUGAUCCACAAUGGAUUGAAAUGACUGGUGCCAGGUAAAUAUAGUACUAUAGGACUAGCAUAAAAUCAC